UGCGCACAGACUUGUGCUGAGGUGAACAUGCCUGCACCGAAGAGCGGGUCGGGGUGUGCACGGCGUGGGUGCAUGCUGAGCAGGACGGACUGCGCGCUGAGCAGCGCGCGUUGUAGCGCAAUAUGCGACUGUCACAUUUAGGGCCCGCGGAUGGAUUCACGAUUUCACAUCGGCUUUGUUGAGGAUCCAGUCGUGAGUCGUGAGUCCUGCUCCAUUUCUCACACCGGCACCAGUAAUCGUCACAUCCACCCAUCUACCAUUCAGAUACUCAAACUUCGUCUGGCUCGGAUGGCUGCCAGCAGCAGCAAAGGGACGCAACGCAACAUGUCGACCGCAGACGUCUUUCAGGAUUACAAGUGGUCAGGCGACGAGGCGUAUCUGAGCGUUCGGGCAAAAUGCGUCCACAGCGCUUCGGAUUGCGACUCUCGCUUGGUUCGCGUGCCCAAGGACCACCUACAUCGAGACUUUGAGUUGAUGCUACAGAUCGCUGCUGGAGUGUAUGGCGUCGCCGAGUGGCAGAAAUGCGCUCUGGAAGUGCGCCACGCUUCUGGCCCCACUUCUGACAAAAGGGUCAUCACUAGCCGAAGAGAGUGGCUCGACUUUCAUGCCUACGAGAGGAUUCUACGCGGAGAAAGGCCUCACGUCCACAACACGGCAGCCCCGUAUAGUACCGGAGGUGGCUUUGGUCACUACUCGCUGGACCCUAAAAAGGUCCAUUACCAACCCGUUGUUCUCGUCCGCAAACCUUCUGCGCUCUCUGUGAACGACCUGCAUCUACCAGCUUGUACGAGUCGAAUGGGACACGUCGAGUCGUCGGCGCGACAUCUUCUGCCCAAGCAGCUGGUGCUGCUUCGACAAGCAGCACCAAGACGUCGAGCAAGCCUGCUACCAACCUUGUGCAGGCUGAGACGAACGCGGGGGUACGUGACGCUAUUUUGGCUGAUUGUCAAAAGGUGAUCGACGAUGUUCGCAAGCGCGUCGAACGCGACACAAUCUCGCGAAACGUUUCCACUCCAGUCUCCAGAGCUGCUCACGCAAAGACGUCAGGCGACGCAUCCACCUCAAAGCCAUCGUCGCUUACUGCAGCACCUGCUGCUA